GCAAAACAGCUGCUCAGUGACCAAGCAAAGCCUUAGUACAAAAACAAACCAAGAACCUUCAACUCAAACUCAGACUGGCAUACAAAGAAUGGGAGACUUUCAGAACAUUGAACAAGACUUCUAUCAGUCUGGAUAUUAUAUUGAUGGUCAACAGGAAGAUGUGUAUGGCUAUGAUCCAGCCUACCUCAAUCCAGAAUACAAUGAUGCGGAUAAUUCAGCACACUUAGCAGAUGAAUAUGCAGCAUCAGCACCUUACGGACAAGUGUAUCAGCCUGUAGCGGCGCCCGAGCAAACAGAAUAUACAGACUCAUAUGAGGAUGAACCACCUCUCUUAGAAGAGCUGGGCAUUAACUUUGAGCACAUCUGGCAGAAGACUCUGACUGUGUUGAAUCCACUGAAGCCUGCGGAUGGCAGCAUCAUGAACGAGACAGAUCUCACCGGCCCUGUUCUCUUCUGCGUCGCUCUGGGAGCCACACUACUGAUGGCAGGAAAGGCACACUUUGGAUAUGUAUACGGCAUCAGUGCUCUGGGAUGUGUCGGGAUGUACAUGUUGUUGAAUCUGAUGAGCAGUUACAGCAUAUCCUGUGGAAGUGUGGCGAGUGUGCUGGGAUACUCUCUGCUGCCAAUGGUGGCACUCUCUACAUUUGCUGUUAUUUAUUCCCUUCAGGGUCUGCUGGGAACGCUGUUGGCCUUGAUUGUGAUUGGCUGGUGCAGUCUGUCUGCUUCUAAGAUCUUCAGCUCCACUCUCGCCAUGAGCGGUCAGCAGCUGCUGGUGGCCUAUCCAUGUGCUCUUCUGUACGGCGUCUUCGCUCUUCUCACUGUCUUCUGAAAAUGCUCUGUAAAAUCUGAGUUAAGAAAUGAUCAGAAGACAAUCCACUUUGCACUUAAAGGCACAGUUCACCAAAAAAAAGGAAAAUGCUGUCAUCAUUUACUCGUCUUUCACUAGUUUAUAAACUACCAUGAGUCUUUUUCUUCUGUUGAACACAAAGGAAGAGGUACUGAAGAAUGUUGGGAAAAACUGGCUUUUUUGUUAGUACUUCGUCAAUGUCUGUUUUUUCCAACAUUCUUAAAACAAGAAACUCUUGUUUUGUUUUUAACAGAAGAGAUUGAAAAAUUAUUCAGAACCAGUUGAGUGUAAGUAAAUGGUACAGAAACUUUCAUUUAAUGAAGACUAUCAUCGUGAUAACAAAUGUUACUCUAAAUCAGGGGGUCUCAAACUGUCGGCCUGUGGGCCAUUUGCAGCCCUCCUUCCUCCCACAACUGACAUCAAAAUAUAGCGAGAUUUGGCCCACCAAGACAUAUAUCUUUGAACCACUAUCAUUGUUGUGCAGUCGCAUAUAGCCACCUGUGGUUUUGGCCCCCCCACCCAUUGGACAUUUAAAGUAUAACACUAUAUAUCCGGGUUUCUUUCGGUUUCUCUCAGUGUGCGGUCUAGAGUAAUAGGGUAUAUGCGGAGCUAGUGUUUCUUCCCAUACUGAUAAACUUCCGGUGAAUGGUUAAUGUGACUUUUUUCUUUUUUAUACGGUUCCUUUUACAGCAUUAAUGUUGUAAUGCAGGGGUUUUCAAACUUUUAGGACACCAAACCCUCCCCUCUUCUCAAGUUUGUCGAAUUUCACUUGCGCCCCCCCCAGGAACCCCUCGCUCGAGCCAAAAUUAUAAUGCAUGCGCAAACAUCAUUCACAUAUUACUUGCUGUGUUUAAAGAGCGUAGAAUUAAUUACAUUGAAACAUAAAUAUACAGCUUACCUGAUUCAGUGUGAUGGCUGAGCCUUUUUCUGUGAGGACAACAUGCUAAUCUGUGGUCGGAUUCCUGACACGACUAACCGUAAAUCAUCUUCCACUGUCAAUAAGCGUGAGCCAUAGCAUACUUGCUAUCGAUGUACGUACAUACAUACAGAAAAUGCUGCUUCGCAAAGCCAAGAUCGCAGAGCCCUGAAAGUGGGGUUGAGUCGAACACUGAGUAUGUUUACAUGGGCAACAAUACAUUAAUACGAUUUUAAUAUGAUUAAGACAAUACUCUGAUUAAGAAUCCCCAUGUAAACGGUGAUUUUUGAUUACCUUAAUCUGACUAAAGUCAUAACUGAACUAAACAGAAAUGGAAUUAUGUGGAGUAUGCAUAUAUUAGUGGCGUUAUUGAAGUAAACACCGCAAUCAAACUAUUACCGUCAUGUAGGACUUUUCGCAGCAUUUUGUGACAAGAUCCACAAACGCAGCUGUCAGUAAAGGACCGCACACACACACACACACACACCACGAAAUGCGGAAGUUUUUUUUCUUUCCAUUCGACGUAUGGUAUCAAUAAAAGCAACACUUCUCCACCAGUCCUUUAUAUUCGCGUCAAAUAUGCCAGUUUGUCACAGGGGCAUGAAUGAAGUCUUCAUGGGUGAAAGUUAAACUGCCGAACUGCAGUUAAAGUCGAGAAAUUGAAAAUGAAACACCCCAAAUUACACAAGACUCUGCAGGAAACGUGAAAAACGUUAACCUGGUGACGCAACAUUUAAAAAGCACUUCACGUAAUUAUAAUAUUGUCUUAUUCAGAUUAAGGCAAGUAACAAUUACUGAUGUCUAUAUAAACUUAGUCAGCAGUCAUCAAAGUAAAUGAAAGAUCCAGAUGGGCAUGCCGCUGAUUUGAUCCAGAAGGGCACUUUUUUUGUCAGACGACUCACCGGUUUGACUUUCAUUCAUUCACCGUCAUUAGUUUUAAAAAUCACCCGGUACAUUUUAUUUGUAUAUUUUUACUGGAACACAUUAACUCUACAGGUGCCUGAUAGUUAGCUGCAGAGCUAACGUUAAUCAUAUUAUUCUCUCUAGUGAACGCAUAGAAAUCGUCAUCAUAAUUUUCUCGAGUGCACGCCUCAAUGUCUCGCCCCUUAAUAGAUGAUGGCGCCCCCCUGGUGGGGUGCACCCCACAGUUUAAAAACCCUUGUUGUAAUGUAAUUAAAAUACAAUCAGUUAAACAGACUUUGGCGUUCAUUUAGUUGCUCAAGCGUAAAAUGAGACAAAAAGCCGUUUACUCGCACGUGCCCGUCAAGAUCGGCAGACUAGUGCAGAAGCUCCAUUGAAUAUACUGGAGUAAAAUAAAUGUUCAUAUUUUAAAGCCCUGAUGGGGGAAAUGUUAUUUAAUGCAGUGCUUAUUGUACAAUCUAAGACCCACUUUAUAUCUGAACUUUUUUAGUUCAGAUAUCACUCAGCCAGUGGAAAUCGCUGAUUUUUAAAGAAAACAGACCUCAAACGUGCCGAUUUUGUAAUGGCAUACAGUUCACCGGAAGCGCUUAACCCAUGUUACUGACAAAUUAAAUGUCCUUUAGCAUACUUUCGCAUAUACCCUAUGAACAUGCAGAUUAUUUCUGGGGCUGAAUUAAACGUUAAAAUAUAUGUCCGUAAGUGCUCUAUUUUCACUAAAGCUCUAUUUUUGACUAUGAUCAGUUUUAUACCACAUGUAUUUUGUUGUACAAACACUACUUCAUGUUAUGCUGGUGGUGUAAAUAUGAUCAUUUUGCCAAUAUUCGAUUCAAAGGGUCUCUUUAAUAGAAAACUGUAUAAUAGUGAACUGUAUGCCAUUACAAAAUCUGGACUUUUAAGGUCUGUUUUUUUUUUUAAAUCAGCGAUCUCUACUGGCAGAGUGAUAUCCAAUAUAAAGUGGGUCUCAGUUUGUACAAGAAGCACUGCAUUAAAUUACAUUUCCCCCCACCAUGUCUUUAUAAUAUGAGCAUUUAUUUUACCCCAGUAUAUUCAAUGGAGCUUCUGCGCCAACCUGUCAAUUCUGACGGGUGCGUGCGAGUAAACGGAUUUUUGUCUCAUUUUACACUUGAGUAACUAAAUGAAUGCAUAUAUAUAUAUAUGUAAUUUCCCUCUCUUUGUUUUAGUUUUACAAAAUAUAAUGAUAUAGAGAAUAACAAUUGCCAGUAAAGUCACUUAAGUUACCCAAUCUGCUUUCUGCUGUCUUCUGUUAAAUGUCUGGCUAAGCAACAAUUGAUUGGGACAUAAUAAUAAUAAUAAAUAUUAUUAUUAAAUUGCAGUAUUUCCAUAUCAAUUUAAACUACACCUUCAAAAUCUCCAACAAGAAACAAAAAGAAGGAGCUUUGACUGCAUAUAGUCUGGGGAAGAAUGUCUGAGUGCAUCAAUUACAUCCGGUUUCCACUUUUUUCUUGUGCUUGAAUGCUAAAACGGCCCUCCUAUGAAUUCUCAGUCACUAUAUGGCCCCCUGCCAAUUCGAGUUUGAGACUCCUGCUAUAAAUCUUUAUUAGAGGAAUAAAACAAGGUGGUAUAAUAAAA